AUGUUAUUUUUUAUUUUUUUUUGUAGACGUCACGAUAAACAAUAGUAAAACGUUUUUUAUUUAUUUUUUUUAUUAUUGUUUACUUUUUGGUUAAAGCAUCUUUUUUCUUAUUCAUUAACCUUUUUUUUUUCACACCAUGUCUUCUUGGUUUUCUCAACUCUCAAGCACAGUUUCCAAUGUUACUGGAUUAGGCGCCACAGUGGAAGCAGUCAAGACAGUGGCAGAAACAGUAACUGAUGGACAAUAUUACACUGCUCUUGAUGAUCAUGAUCUGGACUGGACUUUGGCCUCCGGCUCCUCUACUGAAAACCAAGUAUUUUACGUCACUACCAGAAAAGGUGGAUUCGCCUUUGUUCAGUUGAUUCACUCGAAUAUUGGUAUUUGGAACCCUACGAUUUCUUUUACGUGUCGAUUUUAUGACCCAGAAAGCAAGACGAGUGUAUUCAAGAAUAUCAACAUGAGUAAAUUCGAAUUGUCUGCAGAUAAACGAUCGGUUAAGACGGAUUUCUUUAAUAUUCAAUUGGAUGCAGACCAACGUGUGUACAAGAUUAAUAUCACGCAUCCCGAAUUGGUGGUCUCACUUGAUUUUAGUCGUGUGGAUAAAGGAUUUAAAGUAGGUGAAGGUAAGACGUAUCUGGGUGGGGACCAAUCAUCCGCUGCAGGAUUUGUUUCGCAUAAAUUUUGGCCCAGGGCAGUCGCAAAGGGAACAUUUAUCGUCAACCAAGACAUCUAUGAGAUUGAAGGCGAUGGUAUGUUUAUCCAUGCUAUUCAAGGUAUGCAACCUCAAUUGAUUGCAUCCAAUUGGAACUUUUUAAAUUUUCAUUCGGAGGAGGCUUCGAUUGCCAUGAUGCAAUUUCAAACAACAAAACAAUAUGGUUCAGUGAAUAUCAACCAAGGCUCACUCGUGUUAAAUGGUAAAUUGGUAUGUGUGUCUGUGGAAAACACGGUGGAGUUAUUAGACUUGAAGAAGGAUGAAGAUACCGAUUACAAUAUACCCGAAAAAGUAAAGAUGACUUGGAAAGGUAAGACCAUCAAGGAAGAAGGUCUUGAACCCGAGGAUGUGUCCAUCGUCAUGAUUUCAGAGCCAAAGAACCUGAUUGAUAAGAUUGAUGUCUUGUCAGAGAUCCCUUAUUUCCUUCGAAAGAUUGUUCAAUCCCUCAUCGUCAAGCCUUAUAUUUACCAAUGGCUUGAUAUGACUACGGCCGAAAUCACCAUUGGUGAUAAAAAGACAACCGUCCAUGGUUACUGUUUCCAAGAACUCGUCUUUGUUUCUGAAUUCUAAUUCUUAAAAAAAACAUUUAUUUAUAAAACAAGGGAACCUACAUAAAACCAAUCUUUUCUUUUUUUUUCCAAUUGCCCUUCUUUUUCUUCCUUUCUCUCUCUCUUACUUGCUCUCGUACACCCCUUAUUUAUUUGUAUGUUAUCAUGAUGAUAUAUAUUUUAACACUCCGCGCAUUUUUCCCUUUGUCGCUACACGUUUUGUUUCCUUUUAUUAUUUUCUUUUGUACUCUUACUAUUUUAUUCAUGUCAGAUCCAUUUCGAAUCGAACCAGCUGGUAAAUCCUGGGCCGAUAUUGUCGAAGAAGAAGAAGAAUACAAUCGACUUCACUCUGACGACGACAAUGACCAUGAACAACAACCACAACAA